CCCGCCAGUCCCGCGAAUCCCGCGCGCACUGAAGAUGGCGGCCGCGGUGGGAAGGUUCCUCCGGGCUUCGAUUGCCCGACAUGUGAGUGCUAUUCCAUGGGGCAUCUCUGCCUCUGCAGCCCUUAGACCUGCUGCUUCCAGAACAACAUGCCUGACAAAUGUAUUGUGGUCUGGUUCUAGUCAAGCAAAAUUCGCUUUUAGCACCAGUUCCUCCUACCACGCUCCUGCUGUCACCCAGCAUGCGCCCUACUUUAAGGGCACUGCCGUUGUCAACGGAGAGUUUAAAGACCUAACCCUCGAUGACUUUAAGGGGAGAUAUUUGGUGCUUUUCUUCUAUCCGUUGGACUUCACCUUUGUGUGUCCUACAGAAAUUGUUGCUUUCAGUGACAAAGCCAAAGAAUUUCACGACGUGAACUGUGAUGUUGUUGCAGUGUCAGUGGAUUCCCAUUUCACCCAUCUCGCCUGGAUCAACACACCGCGGAAGAAUGGCGGUUUGGGCCACAUGAACAUCGCACUCCUGUCAGAUCUGACUAAACAGAUUUCUCGAGACUAUGGCGUGCUGUUAGAAGGCCCCGGUAUUGCUCUAAGAGGUCUCUUCAUCAUUGACCCCAAUGGAGUCAUCAAGCAUUUGAGUGUCAAUGAUCUCCCUGUGGGCCGAAGUGUGGAAGAGACCCUCCGCUUGGUGAAGGCAUUCCAGUUUGUGGAAACCCAUGGAGAAGUCUGCCCAGCAAACUGGACCCCGGAUUCUCCUACAAUCAAGCCACAUCCAACUGCUUCCAAAGAAUACUUUGAGAAGGUAAAUCAGUAGGUCAUCCCGUGUGUCCCCACCUCUUCUCACAUGAGGAAAGAGCGCAGUUGGAACUCACCUUUAGCAUUUCAAAAAAUGAUUAUUUAUAGAAGAUAAAACACCAAUUAUGCUUAUAUUCGUAAAUAAUCUAAAUGUUUGUUUUUGUAACACUGGCCAAGGCUUUUAAAUGUACUCACAUCCUUUAAUUGGUAACCUCUUGAUGGCUAGCUAGUUUGUAGGAUGCUAGUUCACCUAGUCCUUGCAUUAUGUCUUCAUUGGAAAGAGGAAACAUUCUUCUUUGUUGGCCUUACUUGAACCUUUAUGUUCACCAGAGUAGUACAACAAGCUACUCUGUUGUAGCUUGUGAUCAUAGGUCCUGAAACUUUGUUGAAUUUCUUUGCGAUAAACUAAAUUUUCUUUUAAGGCAGCAAAGAUCAUACAUAGUUUUAAGGUGUUAACAUCAGACCACUGAUGUUAACUCUUGCAAUGGCUGUAUAUGUACUUGAAACAAAUGUGAAUCAUGUUUUUAAAAAAAACACGGUGGCAGAGUGACUUAAGUGAUCAUGUGUGUCUCUCAUCCCUGAGAUUAAUAUAGUUAUUUUACUUGUUAGCUGACAUAGGGUCUACAUAUAACUCUAGAUAUUGAUUGGAUAUAAUUAUAGAGGACAUUUAUUGAAUCCAGGAAUUGCAUUCUGAAAUCAUUGUAAUUAUUUUCUUUUCUGAAGUGCUCAAUGUAAAGUACAUAAUAAACAUAUUUUAAAAUA